GCCGGGGCCGUGGCCGAGCGGUUCCUGUGGCUGGAGCAGAAGCAGAGCCGCUUGCUGCGGGCGAUGCCGCCGCCGGGCCCGGCCGUGACUCACGUGUACCGCCCCCUCGAGUAUGCCUGGGAGCCCCACAGCCGCUUCGUGCGCGCCUUCUGCCGCGGGCCCAAGCGCGUCCUCUUCGUGGGCAUGAACCCGGGGCCCUUCGGCAUGGCCCAAACCGGGGUGCCCUUCGGCGAGGUCCGGGCCGUACGGGACUGGCUGCAGGUGCAGGGGGGGGUUCAGCGCCCGCAUCCAGAGCACCCCAAGCGCCCGGUGCUGGGCUGGAGCUGCCCCCGCUCCGAGGUGAGCGGCGCCCGCUUCUGGGGCCUCAUCCGGCGCCUGUGCCCGCAGCCCCAGCGCUUCUUCACCCAUUGCUUCGUCCACAACCACUGCCCCCUCCUCUUCCUCAGCGCCUCCGGGCGCAACGUCCCCCCCAGCGACCUCCCCCCCCAGCACCGGGCCCCGUUACUGGAGCUCUGUGACCAAGCACUGGUGGAGGCCGUGCGGGUGCUGAGCGCCCGCUUGGUGCUGGCUUUGGGCCGCUUCACCGAGCACCGCGUGCGCCGGGCCCUGGCGGCCGCUGGUCUUAAUGGUGGGGAUGGGGAUGGGGUCAGGGUGGAGGGGCUGCCCCAUCCCUCCCCCCGCAACCCCCGUGCCAACCGGGAAUGGGAGCAAAUGGUGCUGAGCCGCCUGCGGGAACUGGGGGUGCUGGAGGUGCUGGGGGUGCGUGGGGAGGAAGGGGAAGAGGGAGAUGGAGGGCGAGGACAGAGCGCUGGGACGGGGGGAUCCGGAUUGGAAGAGGCUUUGGGGCACGGGGGCGGGUCUGGGAAGCAGUGA